AAAAGAUUAAAAAAUAAAAAAACAAACCAAUGCCGUAUAUUUAUUACAAUCGUCGUUGAAUUGUGGCUCACCCGUUUUAACUAUUAAAAGCAAUAUGUUUUUAAUGAUAGUUGUAUUCUUACUGGAGGUUAUCUUUUCUUUUCUACCGGGCUAUGUGGGGAAUUUGACUGCUUUGGUAAUACUCUCAGACUUAGACUACUUAUUUAUUUUAAUUUAGGUAGCUUUUAAUUCUGAAGUCUAAGUCUAGUCUAAGUAACUAAGUUACUUAGACUUUGACUUAGUUAAACUUACUAAGUUAAAAUACUAAUAGAAUAGUAAUAGUACAUUAUUAAAUAUAAAUACCUUUUAAUUAUUAAUUUCAAUAAAUAUUUCAAUAAAUACACUUUUUCUCCCCGAAAAUAGGGGCAAAUCAUGAGUGCGUGUUAGACGCCGAUAUAAUGUUAGUUUUUUUUCCCCUGAAAUCUCCUUCUUAAAUUGAGGUGCGUGUUAUACGCCAAUAAAUAGGGUAAUAAAUGAAUGAGUAUAAUAUAAUGAUUCAAUCUAUGAUUCAAUCACAUUUGUUUGACUUGGACUUGAUCGAUUGAACAAUAAUUAGUAUUAUAAUUCAAAUGACAGUUGAGUCGAUCAUUGAUACAUGGAUAACUUAAGACUUAAGUUUAAGUAAUUUUCAAGUCUGGGCUAGGCCCUGCAUACCAGACUGACUAGUUACUUGUACUUACUCAGUUAACUUAACUUAGUACUAAAAUUAGUAGUCUACUACUUUACUAUUAAUUGAUUACAAAUACUUCUGUUCUUCUACAAACCUACCCUACAGAGACAGUCCUCAUUGAAUGAAUGAUAUGAUUUCCUGUACAUAUCUGUUGUAUAUAGGCCUAUAACAUAGGCCUAAUAUUGAACUAUCGACUAUCUUAUUUUGAAAUAUCUUCUUUAGUCUUUAUGCCCGUAUCCCGCCUUAUGCUUUUUAUCUUUACAUCUCACUAUAACUAUAAGUAAAAAGUAGUUCUGAAGGAGAACUUAAAAAUUAAGCUGUUUGGUGACAGAUGGGAGAGAUGGUUGUAAAUGCAAGGCUGGGUAUUGUUAACUGGGAUGGUCAUUAAGUGAGGUCUGUGGAUUAUCUAUAUUACUACGACUACUACUUAGUCUUAGGCCUAAUUCCCGUUCCUACUCAAAUCUUAGUAACAACUAAGUAAGCUAGAAACAGUUAACUAAUUGACCAAGCUGUAAAAUUAAAGUAGAAAUUAUCUGACUAAUAAAAUAAUAAAUGACUAGCUGAGGCACCGCCUUCGGCUGUAUUUACUCUCAUUUGAUUUAAUAGUAGUAGGUUGUCAAUUUUUUUUUAGUUUACUAACAUAAAUAUACUUGGUAGGUCAAGGGUGGGUGGGGUGGGGGUGGAUAAGGAAUUGAAGGCCCAAAAAUUCUAAAGAAUCAGUUGGUUCCAAAAGGUCAUUUAUGAAAAGUAUAUGUAAAAAUACAUACCUUUAGUGGAGGAGGGGUGAGGGUUUCCAAAAUUUUGGCUUUGUCCCAGGCACAGAUGUUGUUUGGCAAGGUCCUAAAUAUAUAAUUAUAAUUUAGUACACAUUUACAGGUGCACCACUAUUCGAUGUACACCUCACUUACACAGACACACAGUCCACAUACAUCUUACACACACCAGAUCAUGCAAUCCACACAUGGACACCACUGAAACUUCUAAAUUAGUAGUCUUAAUUAACUUAAUAUUUUGCAGUUUGAUUUUGAGCAAUGUGAGUAGUGUAUCUCCAUUUGUUUAAAGUCUAAAUAUAUUUUCCUUUGCAAUAUGGAAUUCAUAUUCAUAGUAAUUAUUUAAGUAUAUUUGUGUUCCUUAGAUAUCCAAGUAUGUUCUUAAAAUAUCUGAUGAAGAAAUGAAUACCAGAGCAGAAAUCAAAGAUCUAAAAGAACAACAGUCAGGGCUCAGUGCAACAGAUAACUUUGCUCAGUAUGCUCGACUGCAAAGAAAGAUUGAUAAACUUUUGAGCGUAAUAAAAGAAAAGGGUAAAACAUUUCUUUGUUUAGUUUAUUGAAUAUUGAUUAUUAUAAUCAUUAUAUGUUUAAUCACACAUUUUCCAUUACAAGACUGAACCGGUUUUUUAACCUUGAUUUCAUGAGCUGGAAUUGUAAAUACUCAAGCUAUGAACUUCUUAUUCAUUUAUAGGAUUUAAACCCAGAUUUGUUAUGUACACUUAAAAACAACCCUUUGUUCUGGUUCUGGUAAUGUUUCGUUGCUGCACCCAUGUACUGGCAUCUUUGCAACGGUUGGGGGUAUGAUGUUGCGAUUCUAACAGCUCCUAGCUGAUGCCAGGGCAGCCUUGAAGCUUUCGACUGAUGUCGAGUUCACAGUGGCAUCGUUCAGGUGGUUCCAUGCUAUUAUUGUGCAUGGGAAGAAAGAUUGAUGAUACUGUGUCUCUUAAUUGAAAUUGUUUUAUUUUUUGUUGUAAUCCCAAAGGUAAUUCAAGGAAACAGAGCAUCACUUAUGUUAGAAUAGGUGUGAGUGCUGGGAUUUAUAUUUUACAUGCAAGUAUUAACUUUUUAUAUUGGAAAUUGAAACAAGUAUGUUAUUAGAUAUGAUUAACAAAGUGCUAGAAAUAACUAUGAGCUAAUAAUAUUGAUGGUAAACAGUGGCGUAGCGAGGGUGUUUGGCGCCCGGGGACAAGAUCCAUUUUAAAGCGCCCCCUUCUCCUUUUUUCAACUCUCAAACCCAUUAUUUUUACCAAUAAUAUAAUAUCAAAUCACAUUUUGGCGCCCCUAACUAGCUGGCGCCCGGGGACAUCUGUCCCCCCCCCCCCUUGCCCCCACCACGCUACGCCUCUGAUGGUAAAUAAUUUCAUAUUUUAACUAAAACCGGGGAAAAGAUCCAUUUUAAAGCGCCCCCUUCUCCUUUUUUCAACUCUCAAACCCAUUAUUUUUACCAAUAAUAUAAUAUCAAAUCACAUUUUGGCGCCCCCAACUAGCUUGCGCCCGGGGACAUCUGUCCCCCCCCCCCCCCCUUGCCCCCACCACGCUACGCCUCUGAUGGUAAAUAAUUUCAUAUUUUAACUAAAAAAUAGGAAAUAGAAAGAAAAUUAGUUUUCUGAAAUGAAAAAUUUAUCCAUCAAUUUGGAAUUUGUUGUUUUUGUGUUAUAACUCAUUUUUGAUUAAAAAAUUUAAAUGAAUAUUUAAAAAAAAAAUCAAAAUAUUUCAAUUUUUGUAUUUUUUUGGUACUCCUUGCCUAAAGAAAAUUAAUUUUGUGUGACAACAGGCAAAUGGAAAAAUAAACAAAAUAUUAAAAAAGGGAAGAACCAUUUCUACUUUAUCAUUGGUCAUCUUUUGCUUGAAGCACUACAAAGAGAUUAUGAAAUAAAUUAAGCCCCCUUUCAACUUUUAAUACUUAAUAUCUUGUAUUUGCAAUAUUUGAAAUAAUUAUGUAUCAUGAGUUCAUCAAAAUAUACUGUCAAAUAAAAUUGUGAAAUUAAAAAAUUUAAAGAAAUAUUAAUCACAUCUAUAAACGUAUUGAGUAAAGGAAGAAAGCAUUGAAGGUAGUUUUUAAGACUGGAUCUCAAGUGUUAAUUAUUGAAAAUUUUAAAAUGAUUUUUUUAUUUAUUUACAUUUUUAAACAUUUAUUUCAAAUAAUAGGAAAUAGAACUCCAGGAAUCUAAUUUUGUCUAUAUCUGUGAAAAAUAAAUUAAUUUUUACUUGUUUUGACUAAUUUAAAGUCAUUUUAUUCAUUAAUCCAAAUGUUAUCCUUGUGCUAGUUAAGGGAGUAAGCUUGUGAUAAAAGAUGCACAUUAACAGUUUUUGCAAUAAAGUAUUUAAACAAAUUAAUUUAAAAAGGAUGUUUAACUUUUAAGAUUUCUUUAUUAUUAUAGUAGGUUUGUAGCAUUUGAGUUAAUUUAGUGUGAUGUGUUAUUACCAGUGUUAUGCUAUAAAAUUGUAAAGGCUCAGAUUUAACUACUAGAACAAAUAAAGGGGAGAGACUGCAAUCAGGUUAGGUAGAAGGAAAUGAGUGAAACAAAAUAAGACAAAACCUGAAAAGGGAUGCAAAAAACAUCAAUGAACUUGUCAGCAAGAAGCCUUCCUCAGUGAAUAAACAACAGUAAAAACAAUACUAAAUAAAAAUAAACACUUAGCUGCAAUGUAGUAUCUGAGAGGACUGCAAGAGGAAUGUUUAAGUAGGUGUAAGAUUUAAUACGGGCGACAUUUGUGAUACCUUGGCUUGAGGCUGUAUAUUUUCUAUUUAUGACCUUUAAUUCACAACCACCCCCCCCCUCCCUUCCUAAAGAUGUGGUGAAAAUGCUCCCCACCUCUCAUAACAAGGAAUUUUAAGUUGGACACUGAUAGAUAGCGAGAAUCUCAUAGGUAUUUAAAUGUUUCCUAAGAGAUUUCUGGCCACAACAUCUUCCAUUGCACCUGAUUAAAGGGCUCUUUUCUCCUAACAAAAAUUGCUAUAUUUUAUAAAAACAGCUAGAAAGUAGGGCUGUCAUCAACACUGAUUUAACUCCUCACAUCCAACAUCUACAAUGCCCUAACUAUGAUUUGUAUAUUUUGAGGAUUAAACACAUAAAUAAACAUUCAAACUUGACACCACUUUAUUCAACAGGCAGUAAUUAUGUUGUCUUUCAUGUUUCUUCUUCGGAGGGAACCCCUUUUGCUGGUCAAUGCCUCUUGGUUUUCACCAGUUGGUAAAAUCAUAUCCUUUCCUACUGGAAUACCAGGUGAGAUAGCAAGUUUAUUUAAAAUAAUUAUAAAGUAAUAGAACAGUGGUUCUCAAAGUGGAUGUUAGACUGCCUAAAGAGUGCUGAAAGGCUUAGGAGAUUUAAUGGACCACUGGAGGGGAGUCAAGCAAAUUAUAUGGGGAAUAAAUUUUAAACAAAUUCCAAUUUAAGGAUGAUUCACUAUUUUGAUUAUAGAUAUCAAAUAAGGGCUGAGCAUUGACACAACACUCUAGGAGAGAGAAAAGCCAUCGAUCUAACUUUUAAGGGGAAAUACCCUACUGUAAUUAACAGCACUACCUAUACACUUCAGGAAGUGUUGUGAACUGAGAACCUACUAGACCAGGGGUCUCCAAACUUUUCAGCCCGAAGGCAAUUAACUAUCAUACAGCAGUUCAGGGGUCGACUACACGCUCGAAUUCCAAAUAAAAAAGAAUCAAAACAUGGAUGCUGUUUUUAAUUAUUUAUUUAAUAUUAUUUUAUUCAGUUAUUUUUAAUAACAUAUUGGUACAUUACACAUGAACACCUGUAUUAGUGGGAAUGGUGAAAUUGUUUCUUGGAUGCCUCCUUCACUAUCUGUAAAUGGUUUGCUACUGUUAGCCAGGAUGUAGGCAACUCUUUAACUGGACUUAGUUAAAGAUUCAUUUUCAUUUGAGGAUUUACUGAACAAUGCCCUCUGAGAUGUGAGUUGAUUUGUAAUUUAGAAAUUUUUUGGCACUGACUUUACCCUCCAACUGUGCGUAUUUCUCCUGAUGUUUGCUUUGAUGAUGAUGGCGCAGGUUGUAUUCUUUCAACACAGCCACGGUUUCGUUUCAAAUCACACACAAUGCUUUAUCGAUAGAUUUUCUCUUGAAAUUGCCGACACUCUUCGUCUAUUUUUCUUUUCUCUUAUCGGCUAUCGCUGGGCACUAAAAUAAAGUGAAUUCAACAUGAAUAAAUAGUGAAACUGAAAGUUUUUUAACACAAUAUCGCUAAAAAAACCUGAUUAUGCGAACUAAUUUUGUCACAAUUACAGCUGCAAAUGACCCGAAACAAUUUUUACAAACUCUUAUGAUUUCUUAAGUUAAACUUACCUGAAUAUAGUGUGCAAAUAUAUCCACUUAUGAUUGAGUUAUGGUAGAAAGAUUGAUGCUUUUAAUAUUUCCUCUUCAGAAUAUUCAAAAAAUUCUUAUUAAACUAACGACAUUCCCAAUAGUUUAAACACACUGAUAAGUAAUUACGUGAAGGAAAUUAUUACUAAAUAAAGUAGAGUGCAACAUGUUUGGCAAUCAGAUGCUAACUGAAACUAACACCUCCUGACCGCAGCAGUCAAUCGCAACUUGCAAACUGAUCAAAAUAAUCAAGUCUUGAACAAGCAGCAAACCAUUGAAAAACUCCGCCACUAGAUGGCGUUAUAUCAUCUCAUUGACUAUGAACGGAAGUAGAGAAACUAAGCAGCGAAUAAGGAUUUGCAAUGUAGUGAUCGGUUGGAAAACAUACCGCACUACUGCGGGCCUCUAUUUUAAUUCUAUAAAAACAUAAUAUCCAUGUAAGCGGCGGCUGAUCUUGGCAGGAUACACGUAAAUUUCCGUAAUUUUUUUUCCGUAGACAUAAAGGUCUCCACGGGCCGUAUGAGAGGACCUUGCGGGACGUAGUUUGGAGACCUCUUUACGAGACCAUUGCCUUUAAGAGGUGUAAACUAGUGAAUAAUUAAUUAAUAGAAUAGUAUUCAAUAUUGUUCCAGUAAUUUUUUUAUCUAAAAUAUUGCUUUGGAAACAUCAUUUAACGAACUUACAUUUUAAUUUGCUAUGUGCUAUAUAAUAAAUACCAUUUCUUUUUCCAUACAUUUUCAGGUGCUGUAGGCUUGGGUUGCUGGGUGCUAGUAUCUAAUUCGGUGGUGCAGAGAGUGAAGAAACUUACAGGAGUUUGACCAGUUCCACUAGAACUAGAGAAAUCAUUACUAAUUAAACAUUACAUGCUUUCCUUAAUGUGGUCACACAAUUUCUAAAGAUUAUUGGAUCCUUUGUCAGUCAAGUGAUGGUUUCUACAAAAUUCUGCCAUUUACAAAAAUUAGGGGAAAUCCAUUUCAUUGACCAACAUGAAAUUGUGUUUGAUUGUAUAAAAUAUAAGAGCAGCUUCAUUGAGCUUUGAAGUUACAGAGUGUUCUUCUUUAAUCUUGAAUUUUGCUUUCUAUUUAUUUAAUAUUUUUUCAAGCAAUAACAUUCUCCCCUUGUAUAUUAUUGUAAAAUAUUAUAAAUGCAACUUGUUUUAAUGUUGACUGUUUCAAUUUACAUAUUUUAAAAAUAGUUAUCUCUACCAUACCUUUCUAGUUGUCUCAAAAAAUAUAUAUUUCAAUUAAGUGUUAACCUGCAACUUAAAUAAUCUAGAUAUGUUACUUUUGCUGAAUUUUUUUAUUUUGGGAAAAAAAAAUGUUGAUAUAAUUUUUAGCAUAAGAAAAAGUUAAGAUGAAAGUUUAAACCAUGAAGCACCAGAUUAAAAAGUAUUAAAAUAUUUUAGAUUGUUUAGUUUUAUUCUAUUUGAAGUGUUAGUUCUAUUUUUGUGUAAAGAUUCAAUAGUUGGAUCUGAGUCAUUGGCACACUGCUUCAACUGUGUGGCUCUUUAUUUGGUGCCAUAUAAUAAUCUUGGGAGAUGCACAAGGUUUAGACUUAAUCCAUGAAACUUCCUAACCUAAACCUCUAUGUGAGGAAGCCAACAGGCUUCUAUUAAGUCAGAACAUUCGUCUGGCUUAUCAGUAAAAGAGCAGCUGCUUUUAAGCUCUUGUGACCAGUCUAUUAGGCUUCUCUUAAGUCAGAACAUUCGGCUGGCUUAUCAGUAAAAGAGCAGCUGCUUGUAAGCUCUUGUGACCAGUCAAUUAAAAUGGCACUGUUUCCAGUGAUGGAUAACAUUUAAUUUAUGCACUUAGGCCAAUUUGCUCUUAGUCCAUCUAGUCCAAGUAAUGUCCAGC